AUGCGGUUUAUUUUCAUGUGUUUUUUCCUGGGAGUAUAUGUCUCACAUUUUAGUGGUGCUGUCGUUUUUAGAUUUACCAAUUUAGUCUGUGUGUCCUAUAACGAAUCCUGGUACAUAGUUCAGCACUGUCGGCUAAAGGCUGUAAGUCGAAGCAAGGUGAUCCUGAAUUUUAACGGAACAGUCCUCCAUUCAGUUAAUGACAUUCAAGUUCAUGUUAAGGCGUUUAAAAAGGCAAGUGGGUUUAAGCCAUGGCUUCUAGAUUCCAAAGUGGAUGUCUGCCGGUUUUUAAAAAGGAACUACGACCCCUUCGUUAAACUUGUCUUUAGUCUUUUUAAAGAUUUCUCCAAUUUCAACCACUCGUGUCCCUAUCUGGGCCUGCAGAUGGUUAAGGGAUUUUAUCUGAGGCCGGAAUUAUUACAUCUCCCGAUUCCGACUGGAGAAUAUAUGCUAAUGAUAAGGUGGUACUUUGAUAAGAAACUUCAAUUUGAUACCAAUGUUAGUUUUUUGUUCGUUGAGGAUUUAAAGGCUACAUAA